CACAGCCGUCACGAACGGGAACGCGAUCGCUACCGAUGACGAUGAUGUAUCACGCGUUAGCCGCUUUCGCCUGUCCACCGACGCCGCUGUCGUUCACGACGGCAGCGAGACGCUGUCGGCGACCCGGGAGGCGGCGGGAGUAGUCGUCGCGCGAGGCGUUGACGUUGGAGAUAACACGGCCGAGUGCACAGCAAAAUGGCGGGAAACUUGAACGGCGCAACAGAACAGAACGACAGAUGGGCCGACGACGAUGAUCGUGGAUACCUACUGUAGUUCAAUGGUCCCCUCCCUUCUUACGAUAAUCUUAUCGCGAAUACGUCGUAAUUUUCGUGUCACGCUCCGUCUCGUUUUGUCGAUCGUCGUGCCGUACGCGCUUGCAUCUUUUGGCUCCUCUUCGUCUUUCUCACGCGACUCUCGACUCGACUCCUCACGAGUAAAUAAUCUCUCGUGAGACGUCAGCGAUGCGGCUGCGUAACAGGCGUAUAUGCGGUGUAUAGACGUACACGCACGUGUGUGCGUGUAUGUGCAUGAGCAGUCGACGGAGGAGAAACCGACUCCGGUGAAAAACAAACGUAGCGGCACCAAGAGGCUCUCCACUCUCGAAAUCACCACUAAGGAAGGCGAGGCGAUUCUGAAGACCAUGAAUCAACCUGGUGAGGUGGAAGGUAGAAGACGCACUCGUAGCUCUCUUAGAGGCCUAACUACGACGACAACACCAAUGCCAUCGCCCCCCAAGAAAGAGAAGAGGGAAACAUCGACGAGAGGCAGCGGUGGUCGCGGACGUGGACGUCCCAAGAGGCAAGAGAAGAACAAUGAGAACAGCACGGACGACGAGACGUCCAACAACAAAAGCGAGAAGCACACGGAGGAGGAGGAGGAGGAGUCUACGAAGAUGGAGAUAAACGAGGAGAAGGAGGAAAAGGAAAGCAAUAAAGCGACAGAGAACGAAGACAAAAGCGCGGAGGCUGCGGACAGUAACAAAGAUGCUGAUGAGAAAACGUCCGAGGCCAAUUCCAAGGACGAAAAGACUUCGGAGGAGUCGGAGAACGUGGCGGACGAAGCCAAAAGCACCGCCGUAAGCGAAGAGAAGAAGCAGCAGGAGGAUAUAAAGGACAAUUCAGAUUCGAGUCAAGAUGCGACCGACACAGCAGCGGAAGCACCACCCUUAGCAUCAUCCGAGUCCCAAAAUCCCUCCAACGCCGUUACUACCGAGGAAAACAAGGAAUAACCUCGUUUCGCCUGUUUACUACUACUUUUAUGAGGUACCAGCGGCGCACAUAUUGGGGUUCACAAAUCCAGUUCCCCCUCGUCUAUUUUAACUAAUUAACACCUUCUUGUCGGUCGCUGCUUCAACCAGUGGCAAUAAAGUUUCUUUUUGUGUUAUCGUUAUUCUCUCAGACGCUCUUACGACUUUUUUCAGACACCGUGAAGAGAAACGUAUCAGACUAAGUUGCAUUGAUAUAAAUUACUGUUAACUUGCGAUCACGAUUUUUGGUCUCUUACUAUUGUCGUAUUGAAUUAUGAUGUUAGAAGCAAAAUUGUGUGACCCUUUUUCUUGCAAUAUAUGACGAAAUAGAUUAGUUUUUAUACAUGUGGCAAUUUGCGAUCAAUGGCAUAUAUGAUUUAUUUGUGUUAAUAAGUGCACACGUAUAUAUUGUUCAAUGUAUACAUGCUAUAAAUUUCCAGCAAAAUUAGAUUUAUUUUACAAUGCUUUAAUAGGAAGUAUAUGGAAAAGAACAUCCUUUCAUUUCAUAAAUUAUGUGACUCAUUCAGUCUAUAACUUCAUUAAUAUAGAUGCAAUAAGGGAAUAAGAAUUUUAAUAAAAUUUC